ACAAAACCGGAUUUCUACUCUGCCUCACGCUAGGUAAAUGUCUACCAAGAAGGUCACACAAGCCCUUGCGAAACUCGAAAAGAUAUCAAAGUCUAGUGUUCAUGAUGCUACAAAUAUUCGCCUGCUUUUCGACACUGUCAAGACUUUGGUAUUGUUGUCAUCAUACGCGGUCUGAGAACGCGCUCUCAGACGCGUUUUUCUUGAUACAGAUCUCUGGAAAAGGCAUCAGGUUGUCAGAAGAGCUCGAGGACAGCCUCGUAGAUGCAUUUAAGAACCACAUUGCACCUUUCUAUGAACUAGCGCCUGCAGAAGCUCUGAGUGUGGCUGCAGCCUCAGCGAACUAUAUCUUUGAGCGUAAAGUGCGCGACAAGCUACCGAAAAGAAUGAGGGAAGGUCACAAUUUACUUGAUACUGAGAUCGUUCGAUGGCAACAAAUCAUUGAUCGAGGGAUACUCUCUGGCAUACUUGUAGGCGCUUCCCGUCCCUUCCCAGUACUUCGCUCACAAUCACCAGGAUUAUGUCGAGUCGUCGUCAGCUGACAGGGACGCCGUUGGAAUCUGUACUUACCCUGCGUUCUUGAACAUCCUCAAGUCUGCGGUAUGGACAUCAUUAGACUAUGCCUUGAAGAAUCAGGCAAAGGACAGUUUCAGGCUUUGCGAUUUAGCACUAACUUG